UGUGUAUAUAUACACAAUGUAUCGGAGGUAAGGUUCUCACUUUCAGUCACAAACUCUCUCAUCAGCUCAUUAAUGGACAAGUACGAGGUAGUGAAGGAUCUUGGAGCUGGGAAUUUUGCGGUCGCACGGCUCAUGAGACAUAAAGAAACCAAAGAUCUCGUUGCCAUGAAAUACAUCGAGCGUGGUAAAAAGAUCGACGAAAAUGUGGCAAGAGAGAUCAUAAACCAUAGAUCACUUCGUCAUCCUAAUAUUAUCCGGUUUAAGGAGGUCAUACUGACACCAACACAUCUAGCAAUAGUGAUGGAAUAUGCUGCUGGUGGAGGGCUCUUUGAUCGUAUCUGCACAGCAGGCCGAUUCAGUGAAAAUGAGGCAAGGUAUUUCUUCCAACAAUUGGUAUCUGGUGUCUCCUUCUGCCAUUCCAUGCAAAUAUGUCAUCGAGAUUUGAAGUUGGAAAAUACGCUUUUAGAUGGAAGUCGAGUACCUCGGCUGAAAAUAUGCGACUUCGGAUAUUCCAAGUCGUUACUUCUUCAUUCAAUCCCCAAGUCAACUGUUGGAACCCCAGCUUACGUUGCCCCAGAGGUUCUUUUUCGUCGAGAGUAUGAUGGCAAGUUGGCAGAUUUAUGGUCAUGUGGAGUGACACUAUACGUUAUGCUGGUGGGAACAUACCCUUUUGAAGAUCCAGCCGACCCCAAAAACUUCAGAAAAACCAUUAGUCGUAUUAUGGGAAUUCAAUACAAGAUUCCAGACUAUGUUUACAUAUCUCAAGAAUGUAAACAACUUCUCUCACGCAUAUUCGUGGCAAAUCCUUCGCGGAGGAUUACAAUAAAAGAAAUCAAGAAUCAUCCAUGGUUUCUAAAGAAUUUACCAAGGGAGCUCAUGGAAUCCGCUCAAACCAAUUAUUAUCAACGAGACAACCCAAGUUUUUCCCUUCAGAGCGUGGAUGAGAUAAUGAAGAUUCUGGCGGAGGCUAGAAACCCUCCACCAUUUUCGAAAUUGGUAGAGAAUAUUGGUUUGGGAGUAGAGGAAGAUGAUGAAAAACAGGAAGAUAUUAAAGAAGAAGUACAAAAAGAAGAUGAAUAUGAAAAGAGGGCAAAAGAGGUUCAUGCUAGCUGUGAAUUUACAGGAUGUUUGGGAAAGCUUACAAAAAGAGUUUUUUAACUUAUUAUCCGUAUCAAUCAAUUAGUAUAAGUUAAAAAUGGUUGUUGGAUAAAGACAUUUCUAAAAACAACUUAUAGUGGUUCCACACCCGCGAUAAGUCAUUUUAUUUUUUAAGUUACUCUUUACUAACUUAUCAAAAGCUUCCAAACACCUUUGGAUCGCUUUCACCUAAAUAGCAACA